AUGAAGUCCUCUAUAAAUCAUGAAGCUUAUAUGAAGUCCUCUAUAAAUCAUGAAGCUUAUAUGAAGUCCUCUAUAAAUCAUGAAGCUUAUGUGAAGUCCUCUAUAAAUCAUGAAGCUUAUGUGAAGUCCUCUAUAAAUCAUGAAGCUUAUAUGAAGUCCCCUAUAAAUCAUGAAGCUUAUAUGAAGUCCCCUAUAGAUCAUGAAGCUUAUAUGAAGUCCCCUAUAUAUCAUGAAGCUUAUAUCAAGUCCCCUAUAGAUCAUGAAGCUUAUAUCAAGUCCCCUAUAGAUCAUGAAGCUUAUAUCAAGUCCCCUAUAGAUCAUGAAGCUUAUAUCAAGUCCCCUAUAGAUCAUGAAGCUUAUAUCAAGUCCCCUAUAGAUCAUGAAGCUUAUAUCAAGUCCCCUAUAAAUCAUGAAGCUUAUAUCAAGUCCCCUAUAGAUCAUGAAGCUUAUAUCAAGUCCCCUAUAGAUCAUGAAGCUUAUGUGAAGUCCCCUAUAAAUCAUGAAGCUUAUAUGAACUCCCCUAUAAAUCAUGAAGCUUAUGUGAAGUCCACUAUAAAUCAUGAAGCUUAUAUGAACUCCCCUAUAAAUCAUGAAGCUUAUGUGAAGUCCUCUAUAAAUCAUGAAGUUUAUAUCAAGUCCCCUAUAGAUCAUGAAGCUUAUAUCAAGUCCCCUAUAAAUCAUGAAGCUUAUAUCAAGUCCUCUAUAAAUCAUGAAGCUUAUGUGAAGUCCUCUAUAAAUCAUGAAGCUUAUGUGAAGUCCCCUAUAAAUCAUGAAGCUUAUAUGAAGUCCCCUAUAGAUCAUGAAGCUUAUAUGAAGUCCCCUAUAAAUCAUGAAGCUUAUAUGAAAUCAUUUGAUCCCCUGUAUAUCUUAAAACUUAAGGAAGACUUUAUCAUAAUCUGCUUUUCAGCUGAAACAAUAGGAAUUUUUCUGACCUUAAGAUUUGUGUUCCUAAUUUUCAAGUGCCAAAAUGAAGUAUAA